CCUAUUGAUAUUCGACGAUACGACCCAAGUGAUGGGGGGAAGUAAUGUAUAGCAUGUAAUGUGCAGGACUUUUCAUUGGAACGUUCGCUGCCAUGGCAACAGGCACAAGCAAAACCCCUAUUUUGUUCAUGCCAACAACACUUCCAGGACCUCCUGCCACACCCACAGUUCUUACAAGUCCCUCACCAGCAGCAGGCCCUGUCAACAGCUUUGAUUUGGAUGACAAACAAAAAAGAUGGGUUGUGAUUGGAAUUGCAUUAAACAAGCUUCUAUUACCAAUUCUCCGUGGCUUUGCUGGAAAGGAACUUGCUAAACACUACACUUCAUUGAAGAGCUCCAGUGGAAUCGAUAAGCAGGUUCAUCCCACUCACUUGAAAAAAGAUAGAUCAUUUGAUUUAAACUAUGGCAGCAUUAACAACAACUGGGGAACAUUCAAAAGAAAGGUGCAUCGAUAUGAUUACAAAGUGACAUCUGCUGAGGAUCUGGCCAAACUUUACCUUGAACCACACAUGGCCAAGUUUACAGGUUUUGAUAGUACAUGCGACUUGUCAGCAGUUUUAGGAAUGCUGGCCAAUUCAUCCGUGUUUCACACUCGCAUUCAAACAAAUUCGAAGGAUGUGCGAUCCAAAGUAAGAAAUGAGUGGGGACACUGUAACUUUGAUCACUGGAAUGAACUGGACUUCAACAACGGUUUCCAACUCAUGGAGACAUUGAUUCGUUCUUUGGGCCUUCCAAAAGCCGAUGAAGACCAAGUAUGUGAUGAGCUUCAGGAGUGGGAAACCAAGGGUUUGAAAUUGUGCAUGGGUUCUCCAGUGGACAAGGAUCUGAUGAAACUUGUCAGCAUUGAAGUAACCAACUUAACACAAAACUUAGAGACCAUAAAGAAAUUCAAUGUUGAUGAAGCCAAGAGGAUAGGAGAAGCUCUUCAAGACGCCACAAAUGAAAUAACUAAGUUUGAUAAACGUAUAGCGGACAUAGAAAGUCGAUUGGAAGAAGAGCACCAGGCGCAAACAGACAAGAACAAAGAAUUCUCAUCAGCAAUUGAAGGUAUUACUAACAACAUAACUAUAAUAGAGGAACGUCAAGAUACAAAUGAACAAAACAUUUCCUUGUUAGAAGAAAGGCAUAAUGAGCUAGAAUCAUCUGUAACCUCUUUAAAAGAUGGACAAGGUGCACUUACCUCAAAGGUAGAAGCUUUAGAGUUCGGACAAACUCAGUUAGAUUCUCGGCUGAAAAAGUUAGAAGAGGGUAUUGCCAUUGCAACAGUCGAUGCUGAAAUUUUGCAUCUGCCCAGUCGCAAUCAUUGCUUUUGUGGUCGCGAACGUGAGCUCCAAAAAAUUGCAUCGCAAUUGAAAAAUGUUGUGAGGGGUUGUUCGGAAUCAGCUAUUUGCGGUCUCGGGGGUGUAGGAAAAACAUCUCUUGCUGUCGAGUUUCUCUGGCGACAGAAAGAUAAGGAGCAAUAUCCCGGUGGUAUUUUCUGGAUUUCGGGCGAAAACAACAACCUUUUCCAGUUGUCUGUCAGCGAGAUGGCACGUCAAAUUGGAACUUUUGAUGACAAGGACUUUUCGAAUUCGCUGUCAAGAACCUUGGACUGGUUGAGAAAGCGUGAACAGCUGUGGUGUUUAGUUGUUGACAAUCUGGAUGAGUUAGAAGUGUCCAUGGAUAUGAAGAAGUUGCUCACUGGUCAUUGGAAGCAAGCCGCCCGUGGUCAUAUCAUUAUAACCACAAGAAGAGAAACAACAGAAAUCGGAGAAGAAACAGGAAUCGAAGAAAGCUCUUGUAUUGAGUUGAAAUGCUUCACAGAGGAAGAGGGAGUUCAAUUUUUAAAAUCAAGAGGUGGAACAGCCGGACAAGACAGUGAUUUCUUUGAGCUUGUAGGAGAGCUCGGCGGACUGCCUUUAGCUCUUGAUCAAGCUGCUGCUUACAUUCGAUGUCUUCGCCAGCCUAUCAAAGAAUAUCUGAAGAAGUAUAGGAAAGAGAAGAUGCUUCUCUUGAAGAAGAAGAAGGCUCGUAAUUGGGUGGAAAAUACAUCACCUGAGCGACUGGCUGUCCACACAACAUGGUCGUUAAAUUUUAAGCACGUCAAUCAAAUGUCAGAAGAUAUGGAUCUUGGAGAAACUCCCUCAAUCGUAAUGAAAAUUUGUGCCUACCUAGGUCCCGAUGACAUUCCUUAUCAGGUGAUAAACGAAGGACUCCACGUUGUGGGAACGUCUAAGGCAGUAGGCGAUUUGUGGGAUGCAGCCGAGAUAAUGUCCUUUUUUACUAAGUUUUCCCUUUUUCAAAGGUAUGGGACAGAUUCUUUUAGUGUACAUCGUCUGGUGCAAGACGUUAUCCGAACUGAGAUUGAAAAGGACAAAAUUGAACUGCGUAUACUAUGCUGUGCAGUGCACACACUUAACCAUGCACUAACAAAAACACUCUCCCCAGCGGAAGUCUGCAGGAGUUUCGUUGAAGAUUCGGUCUUCAGUGUUGAGAAUCCUCCUUCGUUAAAACUGUGGAGCAAGUUGGCAUCACACUCAACCUAUUUGCAAGAACAUUUGCGUAGCCACCUGGAGAAACAUGAAAAUGAUGUCGAACAUUUCUACACCGAUGCAACUGUUCGUAUCUUUAAUGAAGCAGCGAUAUUUUUUAGUGUUUCGCAGGAGAAAGUGAAAGCUCAGGCCAUGCAAAAAAAGAAACUAGAUUUGCUAGUACACCUUGAAAAUCCGACCCCUGAGGAAGAUUAUAACUUGCCGCAUUAUUUUGUUGAUGUACCUUUGAAGGACAAGGACUACAAGGUGAUAACGUGUUGUAUGAGAAAUCCUUCUCCUGAAAACGAGGCCGUGGCUGAAGAGGAUUUUUCUUAUAAUGAGAAGAAGGAGGAAGCCGACCAACUCAGGGAAAAAGGAAACGAUGCUUUUAAAAAUGGCAAUUUGAAAGAAGCACUGAAUCUUUACACAAGAGCCAUUGAUUUGUGGCCAAAUGACCACAAGCUGCUUUGUAACAGGGCCCUCUGCCAUUUGAAACUUGGAGAACCAAGAAAUGCUCUGGAAGAUUGUCAAAAGUGCCUUAAUCUAAAACCUGAUUACAACAAAGCACUUCAACGAAAGGCUUGGUCUCUGCGAGAACUUGCAGAAGGAGGAAAUAGUGAGCUCGAAGGUCAGAAACGUGCAGCAAUGGCAGUGGCCCUUCACUUCGAUCCCAGUCUUCGCCAAGAUAAAAUGUUUUGUGACAGGUGUCCUGAGGCACCAGGGCUUCGUAUUAGAGAGAUAAAUAACGAAACUGAGCUGGUGUUUGCUUUGACGACGACUAAAGGAGACGAAACCUUGCUGUUGCAUGAAGGAGAGUACCAUUUAACUUUCUUUGGAACUUUUAGGGACCUUCAGAUCGUAGGUCUUGGACCCAAGACUUAUUUGCAUUGUACAAAUAUCUGCCAAGUUGCUCGCGCUAAAUGUUAUUUUGAACAUAUAGUGUUUCCCAGUGGGAACGUUCCUCUACUCUGCGAAGGAAAAUACGGAGCCGUACACUUGAGUCAGUGUGAGAUCUCAGGAGGAGGGAAAAGCUGUGAGGACUUUCCAGACUGUAACGGAGGACCAGGCUGUGUCGCGCCCUCUUCGGGAAAGCGUCCUUGCGAUCGCACAAGAAAAUUUGGCGAUUCAGAAUCAACGUCUGGCAUAGUUGGCUUUCCGGGAGUAGAUAUUUCACACGGGGGCUCUGGACUUAUUGAAAACUGUGUGAUUCAUAACUGUGGGGGCGGAGGUGCUCUUGUUGUUGGGCAAGGUUCUCGACUACUGGUGAAAAACUGCGAGGUGUACAAGAACCACCAAGCAGGAUUAGAGGCAAGGGAAGGAGGAGAACUUGAAGCGAUUGGAAACAAGAUAUUUGACAAUGGUAUUCACGGCAUUCUGAUUUGGAAACUCGCUGGGAAGUGUGACGUCAAUGACAAUAAGAUAUUUGAAAAUGCAAAAGAAGGCAUCAUCGUCGGGGAUACAAAAGAGAAGAUAAGUUUACGAAACAACAGUAUCCACCACAACAGACCCUUUGGUAUUUCCCUUGAUAAUAAUCCUCAAAUUUUUAUAAGCAACAAUAGGAUUUUCGAGAAUGGAUUCUGGGGCAUCCUCGCUAAAGGGAGAACUUCAGCACGCAUCGUGGGAAACGAACUCACUGGCAACAAAUGUGGUGGAAUUUUUAUUGGUGUCAAUUAUUCUGGGAGGGUUGUUCUGGAAACAAAUACUGUUAGAGAUCACAGUGGCCCUUGGCUUGAGUAUCAAUUCAAAAGCGGUACCUUGGGUAACAUUUCUAGCAGUUUACUUGACAACAUAGAGAGCGAUCCUCUGGGAGAUAUGCUUCCGGAGGGUGAAAAGCAAGUUUAUUCAAAGCCUCCCAUUCUUAGAGGAAAUAAAGAAUUCAAGAAUGAAGAAGGCACGUAUCAUCCCAGAGAGGUGGCUGAACGACUCUGCAACGGUUGCACUUAUUGUCGUCGCCGAAGAGAUAAAGUAAUGCGUUUUGUGAAGUGCCCAGGAUGUCACAUCGCAUCUUACUGCAGCAAAGAAUGCCAGCGGAACCACAGACGUAAACACAAGACAAUAUGUUUAGUCCUCAAAAGUCGCUUUGCUGUUGACGUUAGCCGUAUUCCUUUAGUUGAGCAAGGAGAACACUCGUACUCGUUGCGAACGUUUGGCACUCAUUUGAAGGGGAUCGGAAAGGGGCCCAAACCAAAACUUAACAAAGAGUUUAUCGUUAAGAUUCAAACACAAACUCUUAACAGCCACCCACUGCAGUUGCUGAAAGUUUACGACCAAAGUGUCACGAUCGAUUGUUUCAUCCAAAGUCCAGAAGUCUUCAACAUGAUAAUGGAUUGUGGCGUUCUUGGAGGUUUAAACAAGUUUACAAGUAAGAAGUGUUUUUUCUGGGCGAUUUUUACUGAGCUAGGAGGAAAGCUGACAAUUUAUCUCGAUCACCUGGCUCCUUAUCAAGAGUGGUAAAAGUUCACUGGACAGUUUCCUACGAUCCUCUUCAACCCGACCAAGUAUUCCUGGAGUAGUUUUGUAGUUGAACAUUUCCUUCUAUCGAGAAGGAAACGUUGGUUAGUCUUUGCUUCUUAAUCCAAGUGUCCUCACGUGCCUUUUUGGAAAAAAAAAUAUUUGCUUAGGGAAACUUGCUUAAAACUUCGGAUGAAAUUAAAACCUGGAAUUCUCGAAGAAAUGCUUCUUUAUUGAUUUUUAACUCACGCCAAGGAAACUUCUGAUAUUUUUUCAAUAGAGGACAGUGACGAAUUUGUUCAGCUUGCUUGUGUGGGAAUUCUUCCUUACAGUAACCCACAAGAACUUAGAUAAGUUAACGUGGGCCACUUAAACGAGUCGAUUAUGCAUAGAGCACUUUGCGAUAAGUGGAUACAUAUCUAUUUGUUAUAUAUAUAUAAAUAGAAUAAAUGUUUGAAAAGAAA